AUGGAGCCUUACCAUCGCCGCAAAGGCGAACAGGACAUCCUACCACCGCCAGAACUGGAGGAUGAAGAUGAGUAUGAAGUGGAAGAAAUCCUCGAUGAACAGCGACGGCAAGGCGCCUUCUGGUACAAGGUGAGGUGGAAAGGCUGGCCAGAAGAGUAUGAUCAAUGGCUACCACAAGAGAAUCUCGAAAACGCACAAGAACUAUUACGACAGUUUAAGCAAAAAAGAGCACAGGCAAAUACAAACCGCAGACGACGCGGAGGCGAGCCACGCAAGAGGAGCACCCGCAUAAAAUAA